AUGGCCGAACAGCUGCCUGCUAGGAAGAGACUGCCACCGAUCUCACCAAUUAGUCCUCGCAAGGCUGCUUCGACCACAACAAUACCGGCUGUGAACAGUCUGCCAGCGGUUAUCUUCCGUCAAGACUUCACCGUGCGGCCCCAGAAGUCACCUACCGACUAUCUAGACCUGGACCUCAAGACCCCAAGGCUAAAUGACAUUCAUCAACACCUCUGGCUUGCUGGUCGUCCAACUGCUGCAAGGCCGUUGCAUAAGCAGAAACAACUUGGUCGUAGUCUAAUGAUUACCGAGGAUCCAGACGAACAUUUGGUGUGGCUUGAGACGCAGCUCUUCGUGAAGCCGCUUCCUCAGUAUCUCCUCGAUCACAACUGGUGGGUCAAGCACCUCUGCGAAAAGGAGGAUCUCUAUCGUUCUGCUUGUGGUUUUCUCUUCUCAUAUGUUUGGCUCGUGUGCUACCCCUGCGAUCUUGAUAUUGCGAAGGACACUGGUCUACUGCCGCACGACAUCUGUUGGCUUGACUGGGUCAGGUUCAUCGAGACUUUCCUUGACAGCAUCGAUCUUGGUAUAUUGAGCAAUAUGAACAAACGAUAUCAAUAUGGAGAGUUGCGGUUGAGUCGGCUCAAUAGCAUAUACCGUUUCAUACCGCCUGCGUACUCGCUGCGACGCUUUAUCCGCGGGUAUCGAUUGGGUUCAACGUGGUAUGCUGCAUACUUUGGUGGCUAUUUCAGAUGGUUGUUGGUUGUAUUUGCUAUCUUAUCUGUUGCUCUCUCCGCGUUGCAAGUCGGUCUGGCCACUUCAAAUCUACAGAACAACCGCGGUUUUGGAGACGCAUCGUAUGGCUUCACGGUAGCAGCACUCUUUUUCAUUGUCGUGUGUGUGGCUGUAGUAUUGUUCUUUUGGUUGAUCCUGUUCUGUUACCACUUGCUAUCUAGUUGGAGGGACAAUAGAAAGAAAAGUCGGGCGUGGCGUGGAGAGAUAGGAUUGUCGUGA